AUGAUUUCCAACGCUGGCAAAGAGAAACGACAGUCCGAAAGCAGUGAGUCGGACCGGUCAACUAUCAACUUGCCUACCACCGCCGCGUUUUCGGGAUAUCGCCCCUUCCCUUCAGUCAUGAACCUCUAUGGCAACUUCUCGGGAAUUCUUCAAGCAUUUACCCAGAAGCUCUGCGGUGCUAGCGAGGACGACUUUCUCUCGUCGAGUUCUUUCUAUCUUCGCAAUGGGACGACCACCAAAGCUCCCGUUCUCGCCGCUGCGGGUGACGAACUCCCAAUCCCCUUCCUUAUCAGACUGUCCGACCCCAAGACCGCUAUAAAGCUGCCGCCAUUGGAUACGGAGAAGAACCCGCGGGACAUAGUCACCGAGAUCUUGUGCGCGUCCAGUGGCAAAGAGCACGGCGUGACCUUCCGGUUUGCGAAUGAGGUCGGCAUAAAGAGGAGACAGAGAGAGGAGUUUAAAUGGCGAGAGACCAAAGGAAGCAAGGAGGAUAUCAGGGGCCAUGAAAGGCAAAAUCGAUAUACGCUAUAUCGUCUCGCAUCCAACCGUCCGGUCGCUUCUUCUUCUUCUUCCGCUCCCAUUCCGGACAACACUCAGAUAGUAGCUAAGCUGGCGUUCUGCAAUGUUAUAAACGUGAAACACAUUUUUACGCUGGAGUUCCAGGGGACUGGCCUCAUGGGGGAGCUAGGUGACCGCUGGACGCUCAUAGUCAACGGCAAGAGCAACAAAGCAACAGUUGGGGUGGCACAGAUUAUACACUCGAAGUAA